GUCAGAGCGCUAAGCAAGAGAAAAACACACACACACACACACACACACACACAGCAUGGAUGCGGCUAGUGUGUGCAACAGCAGAUCGGGUUGUCCUGGCUCCUACAGAUGCUUCACGGGACGCUGAGGACGAGGACGAGCCAACAUGUCAGUCUCCAUGGUAACAGACUCAUACCCGUCCAUCGACUGGUUGGUGGUCUCUGUCACUCCGGCGGGUUCUAAUGUCACAGGAUGGCAGCGUGACACCCUGCUGGCAGUGGCCGAGGUGGUGGUGCUGGCGGUCAUCUUGGUGAUGGCGUUGCUCGGUAACGGGCUGGUGCUAGUGGUGUUGCUAAGGCGGAGACUACACCAUAACCCACUGCACCAGUUCAUGCUGAACCUCUGUCUGGCCGACCUGGUGGUGGCUCUGUUCCAGGUGUUGCCUCAGCUGGUUUGGGACGCCAAGGGCCGCUUUCCUGGCCCUGACUUUGUGUGUCGUCUGGUGAAGUACCUGCAGGUGCUUGGGAUGUUCGCCUCCUCCUAUAUGAUCGUAGCCAUGACGGUGGACCGCCACUACGCAAUCUGCUGCCCCCUGCAGGCGCACCGCAGCGGGGCCACCCAACGAUGGAACACCUUCAUACUGCUGGCCUGGGGGCUGUCACUGCUGCUCAGCCUGCCACAGGUUUUCAUCUUCUCCCGUUCAGAAGUGGCUCCAGGGGUGUAUGAGUGUUGGGGACACUUUGCUGAGUCCUGGGGCCUCAAAGCCUACGUGACCUGGAUGACCCUGGCUGUCUUCAUCCUCCCAGUCCUCGUCAUCACUGUCUGCCAGGUGCGAAUCUUCAAGGAGAUCCACAACAAUCUGUACCUGAAGUCAGAGCGCCGCCUGUCCCCCACCUCCCUCCCUCCAUCCAGACGGGACAGCCAGAGAGGAGGAGGGGGAGGAGGAGGGGGCAGCAGAGGGAGGUCCAGUCUCUCCCUGUAUGUGUCACCCCUCAUGUACAACAACCCUGUCAGUCACACCAGCUUUGACCCUGGAUCCACCUAUCACCACCUGCCCCUGGGUCCGCUCAGGUCCGACAGCAUCACUUCACAUUGUGAUAAUCAAACCUACACCGCUGUUCAUCCUGCCGAGCUGCAGCCUGAUGUGCUGCCUGGCCCUGCAGCGCCCUCUGCUGUCUGCUGCCCCCCGCCAAAAGCCCCCGCUGCCCGGGGUGGGGAGGUAUCAGCGGCCAUGUCAAAGACAGUGAGGAUGACGCUGGUCAUAGUGCUCGUCUACUCUCUGUGCUGGGCCCCAUUCUUUAGUGUUCAGCUGUGGGCUGCCUGGGACCCCGACCCACCUCAGAAUGGUGCGGUGUUCACCUUGCUGAUGCUGCUGGCCAGUCUGAACUCGUGCACCAACCCCUGGAUCUACUCUGCGUUCUCCAGCAGCGUCUCUCCAGAGCUCCGUCUGCUGCUGCUGUGCCGCGCUCACACACCGCGCAGAAGCUCCUUGCCCAACGACUCCACCGCCACACACACCUCCAACUCCUGAACCACAUACACAUCCGCCACAUAGUCACGUGCAAAAUUCUGCCUUGCCACACAUUAAUACACAACAGUCUGCAUGAUCUUUUACCUAUUCUCUGUAGAACACCACAGAACUCAAAUAGUUAGAGGAAUAAAUUAGUUGGACACAUGAAAUAUACUCACCCGCUUUCUUGAUGAGAGCCUGCUGUCCGUACAAAACCAAGCCCAUCUUAAAGCAAACUAAUGAGCCUAUCAUAUCUCGUUUGUUUAAUCUGUUAUACCUCAUAUUUCUUUUACAGAAUAUAUUAUUGGAUUAGGGCUACACGAGAAAAAAAAGUGGAAUUCUGAUAUUAAAGUCAAAAGUUGUUUUUUUUUUUUUUUUCACGUGACCGUAAUCCUCUUCUGUAAUAUUAAUUGUACGAAAAGCAGAUUGAAAAAACUAGAGGCCUAAACUGUCCUAUGACUGACUAUUUCCUGGCUUGGAGCCGUUGCCAAGCAACCAGUGAAACCUUUAGGCCAGGGGUGUCCAAACCUUUUGCAAAGAGGGCUAGAUUUGGUAAAGUGAAAAUGUGUGGGGGCCGACCAUUCAGCCUGACAUUCUUUGAACCAUUAACAUUAAAUACAAAUUAACUAUUUUAUGAAAUUUUUAUUGCAAAUGGCAUACUUCAUUUUUUUUGUCAUUUUCAAGUUCUUGCCAAAAUCUCUCUGCCUUUCAUAUUUGAAGACCAUAAAAUGAAGAAAAAGUCUGUCUGGAAAAAAAACUUUUGGGAAGAUGAAACAUAUCUAGGUUCAUUUGAAACAUUACAUAUUAUCCACUAUUAAAUGCUCACUGUAAACUUCUAAAUUUAAAACAGUGGCUCGUGCAUAUUCAAAACUGUGGUUUUGAUCAUCACAAAAAAAUCAAUUCACUGAGAUUUUAGAAUUUAUUCACCUCAGGACUAAACACAUAUCUUGCCUGCACUAAUGUGAAGGGUGAGACUGAGAUCUUCACUGCAGUAUGUAGGCCUAUUCCAGGUCUGGCUCAAAAACAGUGGUUUUGAUGCGCAUGACGUCACGCAGGUGAGAGUCACUAAGUCUCGUCCUCACGCGGCUCUUGUUAAUGUUCAUAACCGAGAUUGUCUUCUCGCACAAGUAUGUCGAGCCAAACAAGCUCAGCAUUUUCUUAGCAAAUGUUCGAAUCUCUUGGAACCUGCCUUCAUCCAGCUGGAGGUAGAAGUUGACAAGAGGGAGCUGUUGGUGCCGACUGCUUCGUAAUUCAGCGAAGAAAAUACUCCAAUUUCCACUUGUCCCGGAAGCGGCGGCCCUCGCUGUCAACUUCUCUGUUUUUAGUUACAGUCGCCAUGUCAGAAAUGGGCUGAAAGGGUCACACAAGGGUCGAGAGUGCGGCCACAGGUCUACUGCCAUCUUCUGGUGAAAUGUAAAAUAGCUUUUUUUGUACGCGUGUAUUUUAUACUGUGGUCAACAGAGCUGGGGGGACGUAUAUUAUUGAUUUUAUGACAGAGGCUGCGGGCCGGUGAAAAUUUAAACACGGGCCGUAAUUGGCCCCCGGGCCGGACUUUGGACAUGCCUGCAUUAGAUAGUAACUUAUAUAUAUUAUAUCAGUCGGGCACUUGAACCCACCUAAAAUGGCAAUAUGUCGUUUUUACUUACACUUUGUUUCUAUGCUGCUUAAAUGAACACCAUAACUAAGUUAAGUUAGCGGUUUAGUCAUAAUGCUAAGCUAAGCUGCUGCAAGCACAGCAGCCUCCCAUUAUUGAUCUCUGGACAAGAAAGAAAAUACAUAUUUUCCAGUGUCCAACUACUAUUACAAACUGACGUAAUAAACUUUUAUAAAGUGUAAUUAUGGUUGAUGUAUCUGUGUAUUUCUCCAUUUGCUGCUGAAGUAAAAAGAUCAGAUUUUU